AACCCAAGACAGUUCUAUGCCGGAUAUAUUUGACUGUAACACAAGGAAAGAAGACCCGAGAUCCGCUGUUUUUAUUAUUCUGAACGUGCAAUUCCCGAGAAAAGUUCCAUUUAAACGCAAACGGCAAAAUGUCUUCAGACUUCGAAGCCUACGAGCAGGACUUUGGAACCGUUACGGCGGAGAUCACCAACAAGAUCGGCAGAAUUCCCAAACUGGGUGGAGAGGAGAAGACGCAGCUGGUUCUAAAUGUCGACAAACAGCUCGAAGAAGUCAGAGAGUUGUUGGAGCAGAUGGACCUGGAGGUGCGCGAGAUCCCCGUCCAGAGUCGGGCCAUGUACAACAGCCGCCUGAAGAGCUACAAGCAGGAGGUGGACAAGCUGGAGAAGGACUUUAAAAGGUCACGUAUCGCCUACAGUGACGAGGUGCGCAACGAGCUCCUGGGGGAUGACGCCAGCUCCUCGGAGAGCCAGUUGAUAAAGUUACGCGAAGAGAGAGCGCAUCUGUUGGACAACACAGAGAGGCUGGAAAGGUCAUCGCGGAGGCUGGAGGCCGGCUACCAGAUAGCGGUGGAAACUGAACAAGUGGGCCAAGAGAUUCUCUCCAACCUUCACACUGACCGCGAGAAGAUCCAGAGGGCCAGAGAGCGGCUGCGAGAAACGGACGCCAACCUGGGCAAGAGCUCUCGCAUCCUCACCGGCAUGCUGAGAAGGUAAGCGGCAGGAUCAUCCAAAACCGCGUGCUGGUCUUCGUCCUGGGAGCCUUCAUCGUCCUCACCAUCAUCCUGGCCAUCUAUUUCAAUCUGCGGGGCCGCUGAACCCCCGAAACGGGCGUCUUGUCACGUGAUUAAUAGCGACAAAAAAGCGUAAUUAGGACAAAUGGUCAUCAUGAAUCAAGCCUUUCCAAUAGCUGACAAGGACCCCCCCCCCCCCCCCCGCAACCCCUUCUUUUUUUUUUUUUUUUUGCUUUUUGUCGUCUCCCCCCCCCCCCCUGUCAUGCUCCAGGGACGUAAAGAGAAGUCGUCGUGCUCUUCUUUUUUCGGAGCCUUCUGCAAACGGGAGGAAGGGGAACAAAGCGGGUUCUGCGGGGUAUUCCGAUCGCCGGAAGGGUCAGCGGGGGAUAAAUGAGGGGCAAAUCUUAUUAUUAUUAUUGAAUGAAAAUCACGUUUCCUUUCAAUUGACGGUUCGUCCACCCGACGCGGAUCUUCUGUAACUCCGCUUUUCGUGCGUAGCUUGGAAGUGAUUCUGCUAUUUAUUUGUAAAGUCCUUUCUGUCGUGCUCAAAGUGUAUUUUCUAUGGAGUACUAAAUGCAUUGACAACA